GUGGGGGAACGUUAUAUUAUGGAAUAUGACAUUAGAUCCACAGGCUAGAUGUCGUGGGCAAUGUCUGGUGCAUCUACUGGUAUCAAUGUUGCAUUUUAGCGCACUUAGUUUUAUCGCUUCAGGAUGUUUCAGGAGUUCCAGUGCCUGCGUCAGUGACGCAUAUAUACGCUCAUAUGACUCAGGACGCACACAGGACCCGGACAUUUCCACAAGUCCUUGCUAUUACCCAAGGCUAUCUAACGCUAUUGCCCCUAUUUCCUGAGGUCCUAGUAUUACCAUACUGCCCUGUUGCUCCUAUUAUCCCCAUACUUGUGUGUGUUAGCAACAGCUUUAGGGGUUACAACAUUAAUGUCUGCGGGAUUGAAGUUUGUUAUCAAACUUGACAGUGGGGCAGACUAUUAUGGCAAUAUAACUGAUAUGGUAUCAUUGAAACUCACAUGAGGUUCUGGCCAAAGUAUGUAUAGGAUGGUAUCUGCUGACAAGCAGUCAAACUAAACAAAAGCCUGUCACCAAGAUAGUUGUUUUACAUGCUAAGGUAAAGUGGAACUGCACAUUGUCAACUUUCAUGAGGAUGCUCGAGUCUUCUGGUAUUUGUGGCCACUCUGAGUAGAUUAAGUGAAGCUCUCAAAAGCUGAUCUAUCUUCAAAGCAAAAUUUGAUGUUUUGGUCUUAGAAGUUCAGUGUUAUUGUCAGAGUUGGCCGGCCGGCGCCACCCUGAGGUCGUGGCUGACGCCGGCCCGGCCCGACCCCCGCCGGCCGCCAUGGACGCCGUGGCGGCCCAGCUAUCGGAGCGGCUGGUGGUGGACCCCGAGACUGGAGCCUCGGACGCCGGCGUCGGCGCCGACCUCACCGAGAGGCGCUCCCAGUACAAGAACCAGAGCAGGCUGGAGGAGAGCCAGGCCGAGCGGCGUGUCCAGCAGCUGGAGCGACAGAAGCGGGGGCGAGACGACCGGCUGGAUCGCCUCCGGGCUCUGACGGCCGACGAUGGCGACGAGGAGGAGGGCAUGGACACCACCGUGCCCAGUGUCUUCCAGUACAAAAAGAAGGAGUACUACCAGUCCCGGUACUCGAACCAGCUGAUGUUCUCCGAAUGGAUGGAAGAGAAGCCUGAAAACCUGGAGGCGGACUGGCUGUUGAAGAUGUGUCCGCCGGGGAAGCGGUGCCUCGUCGUGGCAAAAAGGCGGAGCACGCGGGCGUACAGCGCAGCCGGCGCGCUGCUGCGCACGUUCCCGUCGCUGCUGCCGGCCGGCUGUCGCGGUCCACUCGGCCAGCGGCCCACGCUGCUCGACUGCAUAUGGGACGACGCGGCCGGCACCUUCCAUGUGCUGGACCUAAUCUGCUGGAACGGCCACGAGGUUUACGAGUGUGAGACGGAGUUCCGGUUCGCCUGGCUGGCCUCCAAGCUGGCCGAGAGCGCGGACGUGGCCAGUGCGUCGCGCCGCAAUCCGUACCGCUUCUGCGCCGUGCCGUACACCGCCUGCGCGCCGGCUGAGCUGGCGGCGGCGGCGGCGGCGGCCGGCCGCGCCGCCGACGGCGCGCUCUUCUUCCACCGCGGCGCCCGCUACCGGCCGGGCGUCACGCCGCUCGUGCUCUGGCUCAAGCCGUUCAUGCUGCCCGAGGCGGUGGGCGUGCCGAUGACGGCCGAGGAGCUCGGCGCGCCGACAGACUACGCCGGCCGCGCCGGCUUCGUCGCGGAGUUCGAGGAGAAGCGGCGCAAACGGCGCCGGCCCGAUCGACGGCAGAAAAUGGAGUCCUGAUCAGGAGCGCCGAUGCCAUUGUUGUGUCCCGGUCACGCUGCGGUGAACAUCGGGGGAAGUUCCGCCUUCAGGUAUUCACGAGCUGGCGUACCACACCGUGCCCUGCACGCCGGAGGCUUGGACGCACCGUCGCCCUCCGUCCGCGGCGUGUGGGCCUGCUGAUGAGCUCCGCCCGAACCCAGCGGCCGGCGCGGAGCCGCUGCUGCCGGCCGGUGCAGACACCUGUCCGGGCUCUGCCAGGGGCCGUGUCAGGGCCGCGGCGCUGCCGUCCACGACGUUGGCGGCCCCCAGCCCCGCCCGGGCGGCCGGACCGCCGGCGCCGUCAGCUGGCGGCGGCCUCCCCAGAGCCGGGCCGCCGGCGCCGCUGGGAGCUGUGAUAGCGGCUGAGUCGCUCAUUACUGAGUUGAUCGGGAGCCCUCGGUGUGUGGACCUGUUGUGGGACUGAAUUUUGGUGGAUAGUGACCGCACUCUCAAGCCAAAUACAUCCAUGUUGGCAGUUUGUUCA